AUGUUGCUCUCCCGCUCCCGAAUUCUCCCGCUUUUCCCCAAAACUCGCCCCCUUAUCCUCUUUCGCAGCGAAUCUCAGGGUGAAGAAUGCGACGACUCCGGAAAAAAGACGGAUUCGAAGAAAUCGUCCAGUCAGGAGCCGCGCCGCUACUCCCCAUUUCGGCCCAAGAAUAGGGUUGAGUGGGUGAUGGCCCGUCUGGACGACGUGUUGAACUGGGGCCGCAAGAACUCCCCGUGGCCCAUGACCUUCGGGCUGGCUUGUUGUGCCGUGGAGAUGAUGCACAUCGCGGCCCCUCGCUACGACAUGGACCGGUACGGCGUCGUCUUCAGGGCUUCCCCACGUCAGACCGAGCUGAUGAUCGUGGCGGGAACCGUGACCAACAAGAUGGCGUCGGCGGUAAGGAAGGUCUACAGCCAGAUGAGCGAGCCCAAAUGGGUGAUUUCGAUGGGCAGUUGCGCGAAUGGGGGAGGAUAUUACCAUUAUUCGUACUCGGUGGUGAGAGGGGUAGACCGGAUUCUUCCGGUUGAUAUUUACGUUCCGGGAUGUCCUCCAACUGCUGAGGCCCUGAUGUAUGGAAUUUUGCAGUUGCAGAGGAAGAUCAAGAGACACAAUGCUGUGCAGAAUUGGUAUCACAAUCGCAUAUAAAUGAAUUUUGUUUCAGGUGGCCAUUUUUUCGAGGCUCGUUGCGACCUCUUGCCGUCACCCAAUGAACAAAUGAUGCGCGGAGACAUCCGG